AUGGCAUCUCCUACCAUUUCACACAAACUCUCCUCGGACCAGUUGACCAAGCUCACUGAGCUCAUCUCUGCCAUCCCAGACAUUUUGGCAGCCACCGAUAACGCCGACUAUGACGAAAUCUACGGCUACAGAAUAGCGCCCGAUGGUGAAGAAUUCGUCAACGAGGCCAUCAGAAACGAGAUUUUGCACAAGUUUCUUGCAGCCACCGAGUACGACGUGGAGGAAGCCAAAAAGAAAGUGACAAAGUCUCUCAACUGGAGACGAGAGUUCCAGGUACUCAAUGCCGCCUUUGGAGAGUCCUACGACGCCGAUUUGGAGAAAUUGGGAGUCAUUACAGACUAUGAGGGUAACAAGGACAAUUUCCGCGUGGUGACUUGGAACUUGUAUGCCAAUUUGAAGAAUCCCAAGAAGCUUUUCGCAAAGUUUGGAGUAGGUGUGGAAGAAAAGGACUCUGCAGACAAAUUGCCAGGUACGAUGUUCUUGAGAUGGCGUGUGGGACUUAUGGAGCGUUCCUUGCUGUUGUUGGAUUUUACCGACACACACAACAGCAAGAUCGCCCAGGUCCACGAUUACAACAACGUGUCUAUGUUCAGAAUGGAUCCAGGCAUGAAGUCUGCCACCAAAGAGAUCAUCACGGUGUUCAGCGACAACUACCCCGAGCUUCUCUCGAAAAAGUACUUUAUUAAUGUUCCUCUCAUCAUGGGUUGGGUGUUCGCCUUCUUCAAGGCCACCGGAUUGAUGAGUGCUGCCACAUUGAAGAAGUUUGAAAUGCAAAAUCACGGAAAUUUGGCCGAUGCUUUUGGCAAGGACAACUUACCCAAGGACUACAAUGGUGGAGUUGAGAACACGAAGGUGCCCACCAUCUUCUCACUGGCAAUUGCUUCUGAGAAUAUUAAGAUUCCAGAGUAUGCGGAGGUGAUAAUACAGAAGUUUUUCAACAAGACUGGAGAGACCGAGACUAAUGUCGUUGCAGAGGGAAAUCUCGAAGAUGAAGCAAAGAGCAUUGAUUAG